AUGGUUGUUGUUGGACGAUGGUUGUUGUUGGACGGUGGUUGUUGUUGGAUGGUGGUUGUUGUUGGAUGGUGGUUGUUGUUGGAUGGUUGUUGUUGGAUGGUUGUUGUUGGACGGUGGUUGUUGGAGUGGUUGUUGUUGGACGGUUGUUGUUGGAUGUGUGUUGUUGUUGGAUGGUGGUUGUUGUUGGACGGUGGUGUGUGUUGUUGGACGGUGGUUGUUGUUGGGUGGUGUGGUGUUUGUUGGGUUGUUGGAUGGUUGUUGUUGGAUGGUUGUGUUGUUGGACGAUGGUUGUUGUUGGACGGUGGUCGUUGUUGUUGGGUGUUUGUUGAUGGAUGGUUGUUGCUGUUGGAUGGUGGUUGUUGUUGGAUGGUGGUUGUUGGACGGUUGUUGUUGGACGGUGGUUGGUGUUGGACGAUGGUUGUUGUUGGACGGUGGUUGUUGUUGGACGGUGGUUGUUGUUGGAGGGUGGUUGUUGUUGGAUGGUUGUUGUUGGACGAUGGUUGUUGUUGGAUGGUGGUUGUUGUUGGAGGUGGUUGUUGUGGAUGGUGGUUGUUGUUGGAUGUGGUUGUUGUUGGUGGGUGUUGGUUGUUGUUGGACGGUUGUUGUUGGACGGUUGUUGUUGGACGGUUGUUGUUGGACGGUGGUUGGUGUUUGACGAUGGUUGUUGUUGGACAGUGGUUGUUGUUUGACGGUGGUUGUUGUUGGAUGGUGGUUGUUGUUGGACGGUGGUUGUUGGACGGUGGUUGUUAUUGGACGGUGGUUGUUGUUGGAUGGUGGUUGUUGGACGGUGGUUGUUGUUGGAUGGUUGUUGUUGGGCGGUGGUUGUUGUUGGACGAUGGUUGUUGUUGGACGGUUGUUGUUAUUGGACGGUGGUUGUUAUUGGACGGUGGUUGUUAUUGGACGGUGGUUGUUGUUGGAUGGUGGUUGUUGUUGGACGGUGGUUGUUGUUGGACGGUGGUUGUUGUUGGACGGUGGUUGUUGUUGGAUGGUUGUUGUUGGAUGGUGGUUGUUGGACGGUGGUUGUUGUUGGAUGGUGGUUGUUGUUGGAUGGUGGUUGUUGUUGGACGGUGGUUGUUGGACGGUGGUUGUUGUUGGAUGGUGGUUGUUGUUGGACGGUGGUUGUUGGACGGUGGUUGUUGUUGGAUGGUUGUUGUUGGACGGUGGUUGUUGUUGGACGAUGGUUGUUGUUGGACGGUGGUUGUUGUUGGACGGUGGUUGUUGUUGGAUGGUGGUUGUUGGAUGGUGGUUGUUGUUGGAUGGUUGUUGUUGGACGGUGGUUGUUGUUGGAUGGUGGUUGUUGGACGGUGGUUGUUGUUGGAUGGUGGUUGUUGUUGGAUGGUGGUUGUUGUUGGAUGGUGGUUGUUGUUGGAUGGUGGUUGUUGUUGGACGGUGGUUGUUGUUGGAUGGUUGUUGUUGGACGGUGGUUGUUGUUGGAUGGUGGUUGUUGGACGGUGGUUGUUGUUGGAUGGUUGUUGUUGGAUGGUGGUUGUUGUUGGAUGGUGGUUGUUGUUGGACGGUGGUUGUUGGACGGUGGUUGUUGGACGGUGGUUGUUGUUGGAUGGUUGUUGUUGGACGGUGGUUGUUGUUGGAUGGUGGUUGUUGUUGGACGGUGGUUGUUGGAGGGUGGUUGUUGUUGGAUGGUGUUGUUGUUGGACGUGGUUGUUGUUGGUCGGUGGUUGUUGUUGGAUGGUGGUUGUUGGAUGGUGGUUGUUGUUGGAUGGUUGUUGUUGGACGGUGGUUGUUGUUGGAUGGUGGUUGUUGUUGGAUGGUGGUUGUUGA